CAAACUGGGACACCAGCUUUCUGCUCAGCACGAAACGCCUCCUCCCACCCUUCUGUGAAUUUGAAAUAUGGAUGGGAUUCAGAACAUUUUAAAAUUCCUCACUAAUCAGAAAAAUGUCAUUGGUUACAGCUUUAUGGCUUUGCUUACGCUAGGAGGUGAACGGCUCUUCUCAGUUGUUGCUUUCAGAUGUCCAUGUAGCACAGAAAACUUUACCUAUGGAUUGGUCUUUCUCCUUGCCCCAGCCUGGGUGUUACUGAUCAUUGGCUACUUUUUAAAUAGCAAGAUGUGGAGACUCUUCACAGGCUGCUGUGUGAACCCCAGAAAAAUCUUCCCCAAGGGGAACAGCUGCCAUUUCUUUUAUGUCUUUGGCCAGAUCACUUUAAAUGCCCUGGUGGCCCCUAUGAUGUGGCUUUCUGUGGCUUUGCUCAAUGGGACCUUUUAUGAAUGUGCCAUGAGUGGCACUAAGAAUGAACUGUUCCUGAAGAUGAUUUGCAAGGACAAGUCCUCUGAGUGCUGGAAUGAGCUGCACAAAGUAGCUUGUGGCAAAACAAGCAUGUCCUCUGCAGACACCCAUGAACUGAAGCUAACUCUACAAGCACAGUCUCAGAUCCUAGGGUGGUGUGUGGUUUCCAUGGCUGCCUUCUUCUCUCUGAUCACCACCUGCUAUGUCAGAUGCCGAUCUAAGAUCAGCCAUCUUCAGAUGAAGUUCUGGAAGAUAUAUGCAGACCAGGAGAAGGAGCAUUUUGAGAAAAUUUUCCAGGACUAUGCAGCCAGGCUGAGUGAGAGGAACCUAAAAUGUUUUUUUGAGAACAAAAAACCAAGUGAUUUCCCCAUGCCCACCUUUGAGGCCUGGGAGGCUGCCUCAGAGCUAUACUCCUUCAACCGAACUCAGCAACACUAUAGCACCCUCCACCGGGUGGUGGAAGACGGGCAGGAAAUCAUUAGUGAAGACACAGAGACAGCUUUGGACUUUGUGGACAGCAGGGCUAUUGUCUAGCAUUCAGAAAAGCAUAAUUUCCACCUUCUUUGUAUUUUUACAAAGGCUCUGUGUCUUACAAUUCGGGGAAUCUUCACAUUUCAUUAACCGAAAAAACUUUUCAGAGGCAGUGUGGUAUAAUGAUUAGAGCUGCAUCGAGAUUAACUGGAGUUAGAAAGAUCAGGGUUGAACUCCUGCCUCCAAUUUGCACCAAACUGACCUAUUUUUGUUGUCCUGCAUGCAUUUCAUCCCAUCUCCCACCUCUUUACAGGUUGUCUCUCAUGCCUGGAAUAUACUCCUUCUUCACCACCACGUCUUGGAAUCUCUAUUGCCUUCAAAGGAUACCUCAAGUGCCACCUUUUCCAGGAGGCCUUGUAUAAUUCCAAAAUUAUCUUGUAUUUACUUUUUAUAUAUUUUGUUUUUGCUUAUAUGUGUAUGUUUCUCCCUAACAGAAUGAAAGCUGUGUGAAAGCAGGGACUAUUUUAUUUUUGUCUUUUUUAUGUUCUAAGACCCUAGUAGAGUGCCUGGAACAUAAAUAAUUGGCAAGGAAUAAAAAUGUGCUCAUUGAAUGACUUGGCACUUGCUAUAGUAGUUUUCUGAUCAUGGAUAAAUCACUUAAUCACUUUGAACCUUAGUUUCCUUCUCUGCAAAAUGAAAAUAAUAAAACAUGUAUUGCCUACUACAAAAGUUCAAAUAAGAGUAUACAUUUGCAAAUGAUAAAGAAUUAUGGAGGAAUCAGUCGUUGACAGCAAUGUUGUUAUUAUUACUAUUAUUAUUGAGAGGUAGUAUAGUGUAGGGGAUAGCUAGAUGGCACAGUGGAUAGAGCA